AUGAACCAGUCAGUGGUAACAGAAUUCAUCCUUUUGGGAAUCAACAAUCAACCCGAGCUACAACUCUACCUUUUCACUGUGUUUCUUAUGUUUUACCUCUUUUGUUUCUUGGGCAAUCUCAGCAUUGUAUUUGUAGUGAUUUUUGAUCAUCAUUUGCACAAUCCUAUGUAUUUCUUUUUAGGCAAUCUUUCCUUUUUAGAUUUUUUCUACUCAUCCACUACAGUGCCCAAAAUGCUGGCUGGGUUGGUGGUGGAGGAAAAGAGGAUAUCUUUUCAGGGUUGCAUAACUCAGCUCCACAUGUUUCAUUUUUUAGGAAGCACAGAAGCGAUGUUUCUCACUACCAUGUCCUAUGAUAGGUAUGUUGCUAUUUGUAAUCCACUACGAUACCAUGUGCUCAUGGCUAAAACUAUUUGUAUUCAGUUAUCUGCUGUCUGCUGGACAACUGGCUUUAUCUAUUCAUUGACUCACACCAUUCUGACCUCCAGGUUACCUUUUUGCUUGAUGAACAAACUCACUCAUUUCUAUUGUGAUAUUAAACCCCUUCUCAAACUUGCCUGCACUGACACCCACCUUAAUGAACGUUUGGUGUCUAUUGUUACUGGAUCUGUAGCCCUGUUCACAUUUAUGCUGAUUAUAAUGUCCUAUACAUUCAUCAGUAGGCAUCUCCUGAACAUUCAGUCCACUCAUAGUAGACAUAAAGCCAUAUCCACCUGCACUUCCCAUAUGACUGUUGUUUUAUUAUACUAUGGAACUGGCUUUUGUACUUAUCUGAGACCAGCUACAAAAGACUCUUUAGAGCAGGACAGAAUUACUGGAGUACUCUUCACAGUCAUCACACCAGCAUUAAAUCCUCUUAUCUAUACUCUAAGAAACAAAGAUGUGAAAAAAGCUCUCACAAAAAUGUUAUUUGGAAACAUGGGGCCUCGAUUACGCAUGGGGGGCAGAUUUGUUUAA